AGAAAUUCCAUAUAAACAGUUAUCGUUCACAUUCGACGUUUUAUCGACAUCCCUAUUCGUUUGUUUAUAACCCUCAAGCUAUUGAAAACGUUGGCAAAUCACUCUACUCCAAACCAAGCCCCAAAUGACACACAGCUCCCUAUCUUAUCAGAUGCAAUCGUUAUCUGACCGACCGACGACGACGCUUUCGAAUCCCAAAACGCGUUCGAUAUUGUUUGAAUGAAUCAAUAUACACUUUAGUGGCCUACUCAGUCUGUAGGCUGAAUGGCUUACCAACCCUAUCUGCUGGUGAAAUGAGCGUUAACGAACGGGCCGAAGAGAUGCGCGACCACAUCCGAUACACCUCCCUCAAAUCAAGGUCAAAAGUUACCAUUUUGGCUCAUUCGCUGUAUUCCACAACGUUCAUCAGAAAAUAUGGUAUCUUGUGCGUAAUUUUGCUACUGGGAUUGGGUUAUCUAUUCUAUCAAAGGGUGCUGUACCAAAAAUACAUUUAUCACACACUUCCGGCCUAUCAGCGUAGCGUCAAUUUUAAACUAAACUCCAAGGUAUCGCGGGAUCACUAUCAACCGGACCGAUGGCAACCGAUCGGGGACCCGGCCAAGCGGUUUCAAAUCUAUUCGGCCUACUUUGAUUCAAGGCUGGAAAUUGUCGAGAGCAUACCUGUGCCCCGAGGCGUUCUCCCCUUCGGAAGUGUUCGGAUAAUCGCGAUCUUACCGUUGAAUAUUCGUCGAGCGGAUGUCUUCUGCAACUUUCGGUAUGAAAAUUAUCCCGAUGUUAGGCGAUUCCGGGCGGAUCAGGUGGAGCCGAUACACGAAAACUUCGACUUACCGUUUUCGGCAUUAUUUAUCGUGUGUAAACUGGUUGGAAGUGAGGAUUCCACGGAGAUCACCCUUCCGAAUGAGGUCGGCUUAAGUUACGACGCGGAGGCUAGCAUGAUUAAUGCUACCACUUUCGUGGGGAUUCACUAUCACAAAUGGAACCUAUUGCCACAGGGUCAGCUCAACAACCAAUUAGCUGUCUGCGUCGGUCCACUCCACAACUACACCAACGCCGCAAGGAUCGUUGAAUUCGUGGAAUACUGGAAGCUGCUGGGUGCCGAACGGAUUUACCUUUACAAUAAAUCCAGCAGCACAGAUGUGGGUAAGGUGUUACGCUACUAUAGUGAACGAGGGGAAGCCGAAGUGCACGACUGGAAUCUGGAAGGUUACGAAUUCGAGCAGGAUCUUCGCUAUGAGGGCAUUUUCGCGGCACUGAACGAUUGUCUAUACCGGGCUACGGUGCUGGGUGAGUACACGUACACGGCAUUGGUCGAUCUGGAUGAGUUCCUGCUACCGGCGGGAUCCCCGGGCGGAUUAAUCCACUUCCUAACCGAGCGGGAUCGGUACGAUGUGCAUUCGUUCAACUUCCGGGCGGUUUUCUUCUACAGUUUCUAUGAGGAGGAUUUUUCGAGGAAACCGCCGUGGACCAACAACAGUUAUCUGUACACCCAAGUGCGGAACCUGAGAACCAGUAGUCCGCUGAUGCACCACAAUCGGAGCAAGUACAUUGCGAAGGGGCGGAGCGUCAUCGAGGCUGGGAAUCAUUUUGUGUGGAGCGCUUUGAGGGACACCAAGGAGUACCGCGUCCCGGAAGACGAAGGCCUACUGUUCCACUACCGGGACAACUGUGUCGGAUAUGGUUGCGAAGCCUACAUCGAAGAUAACCGUGCCCGUCGCUAUGAAAACCGAAUUUGGCCAGCCGUCGAUACCGUGUGCCGUACCAUCUUUCCCGCGUACGGAGGUGUUUGUCCACUGGGGGAUGGCGGUGAUUAACUAUCGAAUAAUGAAUCCCAGCCCAUCGUUUCUUCUCUGUUAGGUUUAUUAUUGCUAUCAUCACUUAGGUUAAUGUUGGCUUAUGUACUAAUCUUUGAAAUAAUUUUCAAGAGACACAAACACAAUGGUAUACAUUUUAGAAGAUGAAAAACACUUUUCAUGGUCCUGUCUUCUGUUUCGGUGCCCUAUGCAAAAAAUGUCAUCUCUUCUUAAA